AACCCCCGGGACAUUCCGCCUCCCAGUUUUUAGAAGUGUAGGCUCGGCUCGGGGGUGUAGGAGGAAGUGCAGACGACAUGAAACGAGAAUCACACAACAACGUUAGACAGAGAGUUACGGGAGAAACUUAGACCUAAUCCUUAGUGAGCUGGAGAUGCUUUGUGCUCGGACUGCAGCAGGUGCUGUAAUAAAACGGUGUUUUUCCACAAGUGUAGUGGUGACUCGACCUGAAGACCACAAGGGCACGGAGGAGGCAGCCAUUUAUGUACAUUGGCCAUAUUGUGAAAAACGCUGCAGUUAUUGCAAUUUCAACAAAUAUAUUUCCCGCUCAGACAACGAGGGUGCUCUCCGCUCCUGUUUGGUGAAGGAGGCUGGGACUCUGCUGCAGCUCAGCCAGGUGCGCAGGAUCACAUCUGUGUUUUUUGGGGGUGGUACUCCCAGCCUUGCAAGCCCCUCGACCAUUGCAGCAGUGCUUGAUGAGAUAUCCUGUCAUGCUUUGCUGGAGCGUGAUGCUGAGAUUACAUUGGAGGCUAAUCCGACAUCCUCCGAGAGGAGUCGGCUGCAUGGAUUUCGGGAAGCUGGAGUGAAUCGUAUAUCUGUGGGCCUGCAGUCUUUAGAUGAUAAGGAGCUCCAUCUCCUGGGUAGGACUCAUACAGCUUCUGAAACGCUUCACACUCUUCAUGAAGCUCGUCAACUUUUUCCCGGGCGAACUUCAGUGGACAUCAUUUUUGGUCUUCCUGGGCAAAGCCUGGACUCUUGGCAGCACUCUCUGCAGCAUUUGUUGACUGUGUGCGAUGACCAUUUGUCACUAUACCAGCUGACCUUGGAGAGAGGCACCUCGCUCUUCAGACUGGUAAAUGAGGGUCUCCUCCCACCCCCAGACCCUGAUCUAACUGCACACAUGUAUGAUGAUGCCAGGAAUACUUUGUCUGCAGCUGGAUUCCGACACUAUGAAGUAUCAAAUUUUGCUCGGAAUGGAGCUCUCAGUACCCACAACCAAUCUUAUUGGCUUGGAAAACAGUACAUUGGGGUUGGACCAGGAGCCCACGGACGUUUUGUGCCACGAGGAAGUGGUGGAGUAAGGCGAGAAGCUCGGAUACAAACUCUGGAACCUGAACCCUGGAUGAGGGAAGUGACGCUAUACGGACAUGGCACACGCAAAGUAACUCUACUGAGUGACCUGGAUGUCUUAUCGGAGACGUUGGUUCUAGGUCUACGUACAGACACCGGGAUUACACAUGAUCACUGGCAGAGGGUGUCCAACUCAAUGAGCUUGCACCAUGUAUUUGGGUCAUCAGAAGAAAUAAUAGAAUUGCAGCAGGAGCGGUUACUCUUAUUGGAUGAGAGAGGCUUACGAUGUUCCUGGAAAGGUUUGGCUGUAUUGGACAGUCUUCUGCUUCCACUUAUUUCACAGUUACAGAAAGUUUGGAAUAAUCAAGAGCAGAAUGAGAACAUAUAAAAAGAAACUCUAGAGACAACUUGAAUGUGGAUAUGGGAAUCCUUGAGAUCCAAACUUCUGAUGAAGAGGGCGCCCUGAACUACAGAUGGGCAAGGGGGUGUCCCUGAAAGACAAACUGCAGAACAAAGGAGUUACUGAGGGAAAUAGGAUAUAUGAGCAGGUUGCACAAGGGGGGAAAUUGCAACUACUUUAAUAGGUUCUCCUCACCUAGACAAAGUAGUUGGUGGUGGUACACAAACCACUGUGUGACUCAUGAUGCCUAACAUUCCAAGAGAUUUCUUAUACUGCUAUACAAUGAAUAAUUUACUGUUUUGCUAAAUACAUCUGAUUUUUAUAUUUAUAAUGUGUAAUAAAUAAAUUAAGAUUUGUGACA